AUGGUGGUGGAGAAGAAGAAGCAUGUGUUUGUGAAAGUCGGCCAGCUGAAGUUGGGGACCCAAAACAACAUCCUGAUCGUCAAGGUUUUGUCGUCCAACACCAUCCUGCAGAAGGGCCGGGCAGCGUCUCAGCGCCUCCGCAAUACUCGCAUCGCCGAGUGCCUCGUCGGCGACGGCGACAACCCAAAAUCGGCCACCGGGAUCUGA